ACAAAUCUCAUCUCCUAGUAUCUCAACUUAGUUUCUAGCUAAGCCUGUUAUCCAUUUUCUCUAGAAAACAUAUUAUAAAGAAGAAGAAAGAAAGGAAGAGAGAAAUGAAAGACCAGAAGAAUAAUAUUGUCAACGGUGUAGCGUCGUCGAGCUCACCUUCAUCGUCCACCACCACAACAAAUAGAACAAACAAUCCAAUUGUAGUAAGAGCAGGAACAAUUAGGAAGAACAACGAUAGGAAUAACCUUCAACAAAUUCUUCAGAAUAAUCUUCUCCUUCAACGUAGAAUUAAAGAAUAUAUUCUCUUCUCCAAGCUCAAGUCCAUGGUGCCUCCUCCUCAAGCCUUUCAAGAACAGAUAUCGGUAAGGCAUGAAGAAGCAACAGAAGUGGAUAUGGAGCUUCGUGAGAUCCCAUCAGAUGAGAGGGAUUCUGACGAAGAAUCAAAGAGCGAUGAUGAAGACGAAGAUGAUUUAGGAAAUAUUUCUAUAGACUACGACAGUGAUUUCGAGAAAGAUGGAGAUGAUGUUAAAUCAUUUGUGCCAUCAAUCAAGAUAACUAUAAUAGAAGACUUGAUACUUAUCAACACAACCGUUCUUAAGAACGUUGCAUUAACUUCAUCUCUGUUCAGAAUUUUUGAAGAGGAAAACCUUGAUAUAGUGUUCGAGAAUCAAUAUAGAACUGAAUGCAAAGUUGCUCAUACCGUUCAAGUAAGAAUUCAACCAGAAUAUAACAUUCAAUUAUUGGAGAACAGACUCCGGACGUGGGCAGGAAUAUGAACUUAACUAUUCACCAUCAUGUGUAAAUGGCCCUUUAAUCCAUAAUUGCCAAAAUUCAAUUGGUUCGUUUAUAGAUUAGUUUAUACAGUAUUACUUAAAUUAGCUUUAAUCUUGUCAGUUCAGUUGUUUGAAAUAUGCCAAAUUAUUGUUUGUAGCUUGUUUGUAUUAUUUGACUGAUCAUGUGGCCAUAA